UUCUGAUCUGCGGAGCUCUCUGGUGAGUUCACAAUACCUGAUAUGAAAUAACUGUAGCCAACCGUCCUAACAUCUACGCAGGAAUCAACCGAGACUCAACUACAAGAGGUGGAGACAAACAGGCAAAACUUAAAGCGUCUGCUCGAGGAUACGCAAGAGAAGGUCGAACGACUCCAGAGGAGCAAUCGCUCUCUAUCUGAAGAACUUCAACACCUACAGGUUGCCAGCUUUUCCGCCGAUGGCGCAGUGAGACCAAAUAAGACGAGAGCCAACCGCUCUAUCUCGAGCCUUUCUUCAUCUACUACUGGUACUGUGAAGGAUCGCGGUCCGGCGAGCCCUAGGGCGUCAUCGACUUACAUGCGCUACGAAGAGGGAGAAAACCUCAGUGUUCCAUACAUCAAGAACGUACUACUCGGAUUUCUCGAGAGGAAGGAACAGAGACAGCAGCUUAUGUCUGUGCUUUCAACUGUUUUGCAAUUCCAAGGAAAUGACGAGCAGAGGUUUUUGACUGCUUUGCAGCAAUCUUAGAAAAUCAAACGGCGAUGGGAGGGUCACUAUUGGCUGACAGGCUCGGCGUUCGACAAUUGGGACAGAAAGCUGAUGCAUAGGAUGGGGCAAGUAGUGUUGUAUUGAAGAUAGAUCAGCACAGUCGUAGUGCUACGAUGUGCAUCUGUGAUGUAUAGACAUAAUCUGAAUUCUGUUGACUAUGAUUACACAAUCGAUAGAAG